GUCUUUCUUAUUGGCUCUGUUUCUCUCGUCCCACUACGAGACCCCAUCCAUGCUGACAAUAAAGGCAAUGAGAGGGAGAUUGAAUCCGUUUAGAAAUGUAGAGGGGGCUGCGGGAGUAUUCGGUAUUGCCGCAUCGUUUAUUUCAACACUCCUCGUUCAGACUCAACCAAAUUCAGUCUUUAUGGCAUCCACGUCAAUGUUAAAAUCUAAACCAUUCCAAAAACAAGGAAUGCAAGGACAAGCUGAAGAUAAUGAAGACGUAAAUGUAGGCAACACAGAAGAAGAGAAAGCUUAG